GCCUCUGGGUGCCCCGACAAUCGGGUGACCGGACCGUGGUUUGGUGGGCUGGGGAUUCCGCAGACCAACUACUGCCCCGGCUGGCGGUUGGAGGGACCAGCGGUUGCCGGCUGGCGGAUGCGCGACCGUGAAUUGAACGGCUGGCGGCUGACCGGACACGACCCCGAGCAAGCAGAAAAGUCGAGCAACUCGUCGGACCUCUGGUGGGUCCCAGUCAGUUUGACCCUGGAUGGCAGCGAGUUCUUGGAGACCCGACCCGACAUUUGGCUGAGACCAGACGAACCCGAGACCCGAAUCCACGACCACGGGCUGACGGAUCAAACCCGAUGGGUCCUCAUGAACUCCCAGAUGACAAGUUUUUACCGUUGCAACUACGACUCCAGGAACUGGGAUUUGAUCAGAAUCGCACUCAUGACUCAUCACGAGUCCAUCCACGUCAAUAACCGGGCCCAGUUGAUUGAUGACGCCAUGAGUCUGGCCCGAGCAGAGCUUCUGGACUACACCCGGGCACUGGAACUCACCAAAUACCUGGUUUAUGAACGGGAAUAUGCACCCUGGAAAGCUGCUCUCAGGGACAUGCAGUACAUCGGGAAAAUGCUCAUCAAAACAGGGGGUUAUGGGGCAUUCAAGGAUUACAUAAAAAAUCUCCUGCUGCCCAUUUACGAAAAAUUGAGCUUCAGACCAGCGGAAUCAGUGACUGGGGAUUACGAUGACAUCAGCGUUCCACUCAAGACCAGUUUGAUUUUGGACUGGGCCUGUCUGGUUGAAAUCCCGGGUUGCCUGACCUAUGCCAAGAAGGAAUACAAGGAAUGGAUGGACAAUUAUGACGUGGAAAACCCUGACAAACCCAUACUGAAUCCGAAUUACAAGGACUUGAUUUAUUGCAAUGGCAUCACUUACGGGGCAUCAGCUGAGUGGGACCACGCGUGGACUCAUUAUACCCGUACUGCUUAUGCGUCUGAGGUGUCGAACAUGAUCGUUUCUCUGGCCUGUACCAAGGAGGUGUGGCUCAUCAACAAGUACCUGGAAAUUACUGUACAACUGGAAAAUUCAACCCUUCGUCGGCACGACACUGAAGACGCCUUUUCCUACAUCGCAACCAACGUUAUUGGCACGCCAUUUGCUUUCAAUUUCCUGAAAUCUCGUUGGGACGAAGUCAUGGCAGCCUACGGGGGCGGAAGAGCAGUAUUGGAAACAAUUCUGGAGCCAUUCGGAGCUGCUUUCAACACUGAAGGAGAAGUGGAGCUGUUGAAGGAAUUGCGAGAAGACCACAUCACGGAUUUCGCUGCAUUCCGAGCCUUCGAUCAAGCCCUGGAGUCAGCUAGAAUAAACACGCUGUGGAUGGAAAACUUUUACGAGAAGCUGGUGACCUGGUUCGACGACAACAAGAAUGACCUGAUCACCCUGCGGAAUGCAAGACGAUGAAAUUAAAUUCAAGAAUUUAUUCCAGGGAUUUCGACAAAUUUGCGGCCAAAAAAAUGGGGGGGGGG